UUGUGUUUUGAAACUUGAUUCCAGUUGACACGGCAAUCUAACGAUGCCACGCAAACGCAAAAGCUUGGCUCCUCUUUCUGGUCAACCCAAGGCAAAGAAACAGGCUAAAGGGAAACAUGAUAAGGCCAAACCAAGUGCGGAAGAAAAAGAAGCACCUGUAAAAGUGGCAGAAGCGAAAGCAAGCAAGUCAUCAUCAUUUGACCUGAAGUCCCUUCUAACGGAAAGCAGCUGGACAAAAGCCUUACAGGAAGUGUUCAAAGAGAAGUAUUUUGAAGACCUCCAGAAAAAGCUGGAGCCAGAUUAUUCAGGAGCAAAGCAGAUCUUUCCUCCAAAAGAAAAGAUUUUUAAUGCUUUUAACCUGACCCCAAUUGAGAAGGUGAGAGUUGUGAUUCUUGGACAAGACCCAUACCACGAUGACGGGCAGGCGGAAGGGCUGGCGUUCUCGGUGCCAGAUGGACUGGCUGUUCCUCCAUCUCUAAAGAACAUCUACAAGGAAUUGACAACAGACAUCCCAGGGUUCAAGACGCCUGCUGGCGGAAGUCUAGAGAAAUGGGCUGUACAAGGAGUGUUCCUUCUCAAUGCUACGCUCACUGUGGAGGCACACACCCCUAACUCACAUAAAGACUAUGGCUGGCAGAAGCUGACUGACCAGGUCAUCAAGAUCAUCAGUGAUCAGUGCCCAUUUGUCGUUUUCAUCCUCUGGGGAAACUUUGCUCAGAAAAAGGGCAAACUAAUUGAUGAUAAGAAGCACAAAAUCAUUAAGAAUGCUCACCCCUCCCCACUAAGUUAUACCAGGUUCGCAGGCUGUAAGUGUUUCUCUGAAACUAAUGAUGCUCUGCAGAAAAAAGGGUUCGCUACAAUAAACUGGUCUCUGGAGUAACAGGAGCUGUAGCAGCUGGUCCCUACAGUGACGAGAGCUGUAGCAGCUGGCCCCUACAGUGGCAAGAGCUGUAGCAGCUGGCCCCCUACAGUGACAAGAGCUGUAGCAGCUGGCCCCUACAGUGACAAGAGCUGUAGCAGCUGGCCCCUACAGUGACAAGAGCUGCAGCAGCUGGCCCCUACAGUGACAAGAGCUGUAGCAGCUGGCCCCUACAGUGGCAAGAGCUGCAGCAGCUGGCCCCUACAGUGACAAGAGCUGUAGCAGCUGGUUGCCAAAUUGGCUAGAGCUGUAGCAGCUGGUCCCUACUGUGACAAGAGCUGUAGCAGCUGGUUGCCAAAUUGGCUAGAGCUGUAGCAUCUUGUCAUUACAGGGACCAGAGCUGUAGCAGCUGGUUGCCAAAUUGGCUAGAGCUGUAGCAUCUUGUCAUUACAGGGACCAGAGCUGUGGCAGCUAUAGCAUCUCAUCAUUAGAGUGACACAAACUCAUACAAUGAACAGUUGGUUUAAGAGAGCACACCAGCACAUAUCCAAUAGCAUUGAUAGCAGUGCUUGCUUCAAUCAUGAAACAACAUUGUCAUUUGUGUGGGUGAAUGAGAAUUGUUCAGUGUCUCUUUUAACCAGAUAUAGGGAAUCCCAGCUAUUGUUGAGAAUGUGUCGAGGCUCUUAAUAGGGUGGAGGUAUAAUUCCCUGUAUUACCGAGGAUGCACUCAGUGCCGUACCCUUCUAAACCAAUGCUGCUACAUCAAACUGUUCAUCCAGAGGUCAACAGUUUUCAAACAGUUUUCCAUGCACAGAGACCAAUUUUGUCAUAGUUCUUAGAAUCCCAGAAUAAUUUGGGAUUUGCACUAGCAUGCAAUAUUUUUCAUCAUCAUUUUAAAACAAAUAUACCAAUUUCUUCGCAUAUGUUGUAAAUGUAACAAUUUGUUAUCAAUAUUCUAAAUCUAAUUGUUGUUUUUACACCUAUCUUGUUAAUAUAAUAUGUUUUUAUUAUUGCUUGUAAACUGAUUUUUUAUUUUUACACAUGUUGUUUUGAUGUAACAUUAACCAUAUAUAUUUGUAGAGACUAUAUUUCUUCUUGUAAUUUUCCCCCAUGUUUUUAAUGAGCAGUUUUGUGACCGAUUUUUCAAUAAAACACUUUGCGACAGUUU